UACAAAUUUAGCCAUUAUCUUAGGUUAUAACAGAGUAUUAUUUAUAACUUAUAAGGAAAAGGCUAAUGUAAAAAUUGUCAAAUGUAUUUCUGCAGUGAUUCAUUCUUAGGCGAAGAUAUAUUUAUUUAGGGAUUUUAUUUGGAAACGAUUGCCAAAGCAACAGUAACAUGAAUACAUCCUAAUUCCUAAUUGGUGCCAAAUGACCGUCUUACAUCAGAAAAAUAUGUGUGAUAGCGAUAAAGAUGAAAUAGAUAGACUGCCUUCAAAAGACAGGGUAACAAACUGGGACAUAGCUGGUUUUAUAAUAUCCAUUGUCAGCCACUUGGUGGAUAUAUUUUUUGAUUGUAAUUUAGCCUAUCGAUACUACCUUAGCCAAAAUUUAGGAUAUUUCUUUGCAACAGUGGGGUUUAUUCUAAUACCAGCUGUUAUUAACACUGCGUUUAGUUUGCGGAUGUAUGUAUUGGAUCAAGAUAACAAACAUGCAGGGGCAACGCUAACCAAAAAAUGUACCAAAAGAAGAUUUUUAUGUAUUCUAGUAUUAAUUUUCCAACUAGCACCAGUACUGAGAUAUUUUGAUGCCCUGCAAUACGCUGUUAAGUCAAAAAAAGCUGAGAAACAUGGAGAUCAUGAAAACCAGCGAAAAUAUUAUGACUUAAUGGUGAAGGAGGACUCUGAUGUUGCCUUGCUCAGAGUUUUGGAAUGUUUUUUAGAAGCUGCUCCUCAACAAAUAUUACAACUUGCUAUUAUCUUUUCUACAUAUGGCAAAGAAAUAAAUGGAACAUUCACAUUAUUCCACCAAUUUCUCUCAAUUGGAAGUUCAUUUGUUAGUAUGGCUUGGUCAAUGGCUGCAUAUCAAAGAUUAUUACGAGUCUCAUUGAAAACUAAACAUAACAUUUCCUGGGCUGGGACCAUAGUACAAUUUAUGUGGCAUUUUUCUGUAACAGUAUCCAGGAUUUUAUGUAUAAGCGUAAUUGCUUCUAUUUAUCCAGUCCAAACCAUAUUGGUUCUUGUCUUCCACUGGUUCAUCAUGACAAUAUGGCUCUCUACAACCAGCGCCGACAAUACAUUUUGCGACCACAAUAAACUUUAUGAUUUUCUUUUUUAUUCAAUUUUUGGAGCUGUGUAUAUAUUUACUCAGGUAGUCUUAGUUGAAGGACCAACUUUUUUGAAGUACGUAAUAUUUUAUGGAAUUCUCUUUGGUGAAAAUACAAUUGCAAACAUUGUUUGGGCAUAUGAGGCAGAUGAACAUUCAAAGCGCAUGAUAUACUAUAAACCAAUAAUUUAUUUAAAUGUAAUUCCAUUUAUUGUAGGCAUAAUAUUUAUGCUAUUGUACUACAAAGUAUGUCAUCCAAGUACUGGUUAUAAUAGGCAAAGGGUUUCUGCAAUAGGAAGCUAAUAUUAAAUUAAAAUUUUUAUCAUUUUAAUAUAUUAUUAAUAUUCUCAAUUCAGUGAUAUAGUCAAAUAUUUUUGGAAUUGUAUUUGUAGAAGGUAGAAUUGUGCUUUUCACAAGGAGAUUUUUGUGCAAGUUUGGUUUGAAAUAGACCCAUUUUUCCUAUUUGUUUUGUGCAAUGUGAACAAAAAUGUCCUCUAGACUGUUUAUCUUCUAUUAUUCCAACUUUUAAUAAUUAAAUUAUUAUUUUAACAAUAGUAUCAAAAUACAAAUUGUAAACAUGGUAAAGAACACCUCUAAAGUAUCUGGAAAAACAAUUAAAGAGAUAUCCCUGUACCUCGAUUAUAGGGUUUCAUUUGUAUAGCUUUGAGUUUUAACUGAUUGAUAACUUAUAAGUAAGAAUCUUUAAAGAAACCGAAAUAACUAUUUUCCUUAUUUUUAUAACUCACAAAGUUGUAAAGUGUAGUCAUCCAUUAUUGUUUUCAAUCACAACUUAUUCUUAGAACUAUUUUUUUUUAAUGUUUUACUUUCUGAAAUAAAUAAAACUUUUUGAUUAGAAAAUUGAAAUAAUAUCUGUUUCUAAAUAUUACAAGUAAAAACAAGAGUAAAAGAGGGCUAUUUUUUUAUUUACUUUAUUAUUAGCGUUUUACACCUGGUCAAAAUAUAAUUAUUACUACCUUCAUUAAUUAUAAAUAUUAAAGAGGGGCUCAACUCAUUUAUUUAGAAUUUAGUUGAAAUUUAUUUAUUUUUCAUAUAUUUAUAAUUUUUAUUAUUUUUUCUCCUAUUUUGAGUGAUAUUCGAUAUAAUUAUUAUUUUUAAUUAGUUAUAUUUUGUGUAAUAAUUUAUGUUAGUUGUAAGUAUAGAGUUAUUUGAUUAAAAGUAUCAACAAAAAAAAUUAUAUUAAGUUUCACCUUUACCACUGGAUACAUGUUUUAUCAAAAUGGUGAAAUGAAUUGUUUUUUUACAAAAACUGUAGUCGGAAUAGUUAAAAAUAUAAUUUACAAUUUAAUAGUUUGCUAAAAAUUAAUAAAUGCUGAUACUGAUUAAUUGGAUAACUAAAUAAUUUAGUAUUCUUUUUGAUUCUAAGCUGUUGGAAUUUUUAACUGUAAGACUGCAAAAGAAUGGAUAACUAACUAAAAUAUACAUAUAAAUAUAAUAAAUCGAAAGGUUAUAAAGCGUCCUACAGUCGCCCGAACCAUUUGGUUCAAGUUUUCACAACGAAACAAAUAUUACUCAAGAAUUGGUUAUUUGUCUGUUCUUAGCAAGUCAACUUAUUAAAUUUUUAAAGAACACUUAAAUGGAACAAAUAUUCUAAAUAUAAACUCAUAGACUGAACAUUUACACCAUUUAAAUGUAAAAUAAAGGUUUAUGUUGUAUUCACAGCAAUUUUAUUUAAAUCAAAUUAUGUUAUCUUUUCCGUUUUUCAUUUACAGCCAAUAAUUUACCCAUAAAAACAGAAAUGUUCAGG